AUGGAGAAGGGGACCAACUGCUUUCCGACCUGCCACACCAUUUUUCUCGCCUGGACAUGGUUCUUACUUCUUUCUUGGUGUUGCACCGGCGCCGAAAUAACUUGCAGAUCCUGCUCAUCUCCAUCGCCCUCCUGGCCGUCCUCCUCGUCUCGCCUUAGGCAGGAGCAGCGACAACCGCCGCCGCCGCCGCCGCGAGGAUUACGGAGCUGGCCGGGCGGCCGAGCGCGGGGCUCGGUCGGGGCGGCGGCCGCCGCGGAGCCGGUGCCGGGCGCGGAGCCGGGGGGCCAAGCGGGGCCGCGGGGAGCGGCGCUCCGCGCGGCGGGGGCGGGAGGCGGCGCGCCCGGGAGCCGGGGCCCGGCGGCGCCGCGGACCCGCCGGAGCACCGAGGGGCGCCGGGCGCUGCCGGCCGGCGGCGUCCGGGAGGUGCCCGCGGCCGAGGGGCAGCGCGGCGGCCGCGCUCAGCCCCGCGGGCCCCCGGAGGAUGGGAGAGCGGCGCGGCCGCGAGGGGCCGAGGAGCCGAGGCUGAGCAGCACCACCUUCGCGCUCACUGGGGAUGCGGCGCACAACCAAGCCAUGGUGCACUGGUCCGGACACAACAGCAGCGUGAUUCUCAUUCUGACAAAGCUCUACGACUUCAACUUGGGGAGUGUAACGGAGAGCUCACUGUGGAGGUCAACAGACUAUGGCACUACGUAUGAAAAGCUAAAUGACAAAGUAGGCCUGAAGACUGUGCUGAGCUACCUAUAUGUCAGUCCCACUAACAAGAGGAAGAUCAUGCUUCUUAGUGAUCCAGAGAUUGAGAGCAGCAUCCUCAUCAGCUCUGAUGAAGGAGCUACCUAUCAGAAGUACCGUUUGAACUUCUAUAUCCAGAGCUUGCUCUUCCACCCCAAGCAGGAGGAGUGGAUCUUGGCCUACAGUCUGGAUCAAAAGCUGUACAGCUCCAUGGACUUUGGAAGAAAAUGGCAGCUCAUGCAUGAGCGGGUCACUCCAAACAGGUUUUACUGGUCAGUGGCUGGUUUGGAUAAAGAACCUGACCUUGUGCACAUGGAAGCCCGGACAGCUGAUGGACACACCCACUAUUUGACCUGUCGGAUCCAGGAGUGCUCCGAGACCAAGAGGAGCGGGCCCUUCUCGCGCUCCAUCGACGUCAGCUCCCUGGUUGUUCAGGAUGAAUACAUCUUCAUCCAGGUGACAACUGGUGGAAGAGCAACUUACUAUGUGUCAUACAGACGGGAGCCCUUUGCACAGAUUAAAUUACCCAAAUACUCCCUUCCUAAGGACAUGCAUAUUAUCAGCACAGAUGAGAAUCAGGUGUUUGCAGCUGUUCAAGAGUGGAACCAGAAUGACACCUAUAACCUGUACAUCUCGGACACCCGAGGGGUCUACUUCACCCUGGCCUUGGAAAAUGUGAAAAGCAGCCGAGGACUGGAGGGGAAUAUUGUCAUUGACCUUUAUGAGGUAGCAGGGAUCAAAGGCAUAUUCCUGGCUAACAGGAAGGUGGAUGACCAGAUCAAGACUUUCAUUACCUACAACAAAGGCAGAGACUGGCGUUUGCUACAGGCACCGGACACUGAUCUAAGAGGGGAUCCUGUACUUUGCCAGCUGCCCUUUUGCUCGCUGCACUUGCGCCUGCAGCUCUCAGAGAAUCCAUACACUUCAGGGAGUAUUUCCAGCAAAGAGACAGCUCCUGGGCUGCUGGUGGCCACAGGCAAUAUUGGCUCUGAACUUUCCUACACAGAGGUUGGCGUGUUCAUCUCUUCUGAUGGUGGCAAUUCCUGGAGACAGAUCUUUGAGGAGGAGUACAACGUUUGGUUUCUGGACUGGGGAGGGGCACUAGUGGCCAUGAAACACACGUCAGUGCCCAUCCGGCACAUGUGGGUGAGUUUUGAUGAGGGAAGAUCCUGGACUAAAUACAGUUUCACAUCAACACCACUUUUUGUGGAUGGAUCCCUUGUAGACCCUGGCAUAGAGACCCAGAUAAUGACUGUUUUUGGGCACUUCAGCCUCCGUUCUGAGUGGCAGCUGGUCAAGGUGGAUUACAAGUCUCUCUUCAGCCGCAGGUGUACCAAGGAUGACUACCAGACCUGGCAUCUGCACAACCAGGGGGAACCUUGUGUCAUGGGGGAGAGGAAGAUCUAUAAAAAGCGCAAGCCUGGAGCCCAGUGUUCCCUAGGUCGGGACUAUUCCCAAACUGUGGUGUCUGAACCAUGUGUCUGUGGCCAAGGAGACUUUGAGUGUGACUAUGGAUAUGAGAGGCACAGCAACAACCAGUGCAUCCCAGCCUUCUGGUUCAGCCCGUCCUCCCUCUCCAAGGAUUGCAACGUUGGUCAGAACUACUGGAACAGCACUGGGUACCGCAGGAUUGUGUCUAACAACUGCACAGAUGGCUUGAGAGAGAAGUACAUGGCCAAGAUGGAGAAAUGCCCUGGAAAAGCACCUCGGGGAUUGCACAUCCUCACCUCCGAUGGGAAGCUCGUCAUGGAGCAAGGACACAAUGCCACUUUCAUCAUCCUCAUGGAAGAGGGUGAUCUCCAAAGGACAAACAUCCAGCUUGAUUUUGGAGAUGGCAUUGCAGUGUCCUAUGCCAAUUUCAGCCCUGGGGAGGACGGCAUCCGGCAUGUGUAUAAGAGUGCUGGCAUCUUCCAGGUGACGGCGUUUGCAGAGAACAGCCUGGGCUCAGACACUGCUGUCCUGUUCCUGCACGUGGUCUGUCCAGUGGAGCACGUCCAUCUGAGUGUUCCCUUUGUUGCCAUCAGAAAUAAGGAUGUCAACAUUACUGCAGUAGUUUGGCCCAGCCAGGCAGGCACACUUACCUACUUCUGGUGGCUUGGCAACAGCACCAAGCCCCUCAUCACCUUGGAGAGCAGCAUCUCGUACGUGUUCACUGUGGAGGGGAUGAACACUGUCACCGUGCAGGUUGCUGGGGGCAGCAGCCUCAUCCAGGACACCAAGGAGAUCGCAGUGCAUGAGUAUUUCCAAUCUCAGCUCCUGUCAUUUUCUCCCAACUUGGAUUACCACAACCCUGACAUCCCUGAAUGGAGACAAGAUGUUGGCAAAGUCAUCAAGAGAGCAUUAGCACAGGUGACUGGUAUUCCUGAUGAACAGAUCCUGGUAGCUCUAUUCCCUGGGCUGCCUACUUCUGCUGAACUCUUCAUACUGCCCCACAAAAACACAACAGAGAGGAGGAAAAGCAGUGAGGCUGAUCUGGAGCAAGUGGUCGAAAUCCUUUUUAAUGCUCUCAACCAGAACCUGGUCCAGUUUGAACUGAAGCCUGGAGUUGAAGUGGUUGUUUAUGUUACUCAGUUAACAUUAGCACCACUUGUGGAUUCCAGCUCGAGUCACAGCAGUUCAGCGAUGUUGAUGUUGCUGUCAGUGGUGUUUGUGGGCUUGGCUGUUUUUUUAAUCUACAAAUUCAAGAGGAAAAUCCCUUGGAUUAACAUCUAUGCCCAAGUUCAGCAUGACAAGGAGCAGGAAAUGAUUGGCUCUGUCAGCCAAAGUGAAAAUGCCCCCAAAAUCACCUUGAGUGAGUUCACAGACCCUGAGGAGCUGAUGGACAAAGAGCUGGACACACGAGUGAUGGGAAGCAUCUCAACAAUUGCCAACAGUGAAAGCACAAAGGAAAUCCCCAACUGCACUAGUGUUUAAUACUGAGAAUCCACUUGGUCUACAGCAUUUCUGAAUUUUUAUUUGUAAUUAUUAUUGUUAUAAUUAUUAUU